UUGUUUCUGCUGUUCUUGCACAAACACGGACCUCGCGCCGUGGACAAGAUCUGGUCGCGGCCAUGGUCGCCAUCCUGGAACCUUCCCCCGUGUUGCCCCUCCUUGGCAGGCAGCAGCUCCUUCAAAUUUGCCUCCGUCAAAGCUGCGGCCGCCAUCCUCACUUACCUUUCCCCACGAAACAUUUCUCACUCGUAAGCUAGCAGCAGGCUGAUUCGCCACGCAAAGCUCUGAUUUUUACCACCGGCGAGCCAUGUCCGCCGCGCCGGAGGAGUUCCUGGCCCAGGGGACCUACCUCGCCGCCCCCGAGCCCUUCUCCCCCUCCAUCUUCCUCGACCUGCCCCCGACGCCCCGCCCCGAUGGCGAUGACCCGACCUCCGACGACCCGGCCUCCUCCGACGACCUCGUCCUCCCCUUCAUCUCGCGGAUGCUCAUGGAGGAGGACAUCGACGACAAGUUCUUCUACCAGUUCCCCGACCACCCCGCGCUCCUCAGCGCCCAGCAGCCGUACGCACAGAUCCUCUCCGACGCCACCGCCGCCUCCUCAUCCGACUCCGCCGCCAUCACCAGCUCAGGGACCGGCGGCAGCUCCACCUUCUCCUCGUCCUCUUCCGCCCCCGCAUCUGCCGACCCCACCUGGCCCUAUGAUCCAAUCGAGCUCUCCCAGCUGCUGCGCUCCCCUCCGUACCCGGACAUGGGGGUGGGGCUCGAUGACUUCACCGCCGACGAGGUCAACGCCGUCUUCUCGCCGGGGCAAGACGCCGCGUUCCAGCCGAGUCCGGCGUUCUUGGAUGCCGCCGGCGGCGGCGGAGGCCAACGGCUGGGCGCUUCACUCACCGCCCAGAAAGCUGGCGGUGGUGGAGCCCAACAGCAGCGCGCUUCCCUCGUUGCCCAGGAUGCCGGCGAUGGCGUGGGCAUCCAGAGUUCGGCAUGCGCGGAGGAGACGAAGACAGAGUCCACCACCUUGCCUGCUGGUGAUGGUGACCAUGCCGCGCUGUUCUCAGCCUUCUUCGGUGCCCAGAAUGGGGAAAAUAUGGACAUGCUCAACAUGGCGUUCCUCAAAGGCAUGGAAGAGGCCAAGAAGUUCUUGCCCACCAACAAUAGCCUUCUGAUCAACCUUGACGACACCUCUGGCCAAUCCUUGCCUACAGACAGAGACAUCAAGUCGUCCACUGCCUUUGUUGCUACCCAAGUGAAGGAGGAGGAGGUUUCGCUCAAAAAAAAGGAGGAGGUGGAUGGGAUAUCAUUGUUUCGAGGAAUUAGCAAUGGCAGGGGCCGCAAGAACCAUCACUCCCAAGAGGACUUGGAAGUGGAGACAGGCAGAAACAGCAAACUGAUGAUGCCUGAACAGGAAGAAGCCGGUGCUAGUGAGCUGUUCGACGAAUUAAUGUCCGGCAAACAUGAUGGAUUCUUGAAAAACAUGCAGGAUCUUCGCAUCGCCAUGGAUAGCGAGUCUGAGAAGAGUGCCAGGAGGGUGAGUGGGAAGGGGGCGCGGGGGAAGCAGCAUGGGAACGAGUUUGUUGACCUGCACACCAUGCUCAUCCAUUGCGCACAGGCAAUGGCCACUGGUGAUCGCCGAAGUGCAACCGAGAUGCUGAAACAGAUCAAGCAGCACUCCUCUCUCAGAGGGGAUGCCUCAGAGAGGUUGGCCUAUUGUUUUGCAGAAGGACUGGAGGCGCGACUUGCUGGCACAGGGAGCCAGGUGUACCAGUCGCUCGUGGCAAAACGGACAUCGGUUGUGGAGUUCCUCAAGGCAUACAAGCUAUUCUUGGCGGCCAUCAGCCUCAAUAAGGUGCAUAUCUUCUUCUCCAACAGGAACAUCAUGGAUUCCGUGGCAGGGAGGAGCAAAUUGCACAUUGUGGCAUAUGGUGUACAGCAUGGUUUACAGUGGCCAGGUUUGCUAAAUUCCCUAGCAGGUAGAGAAGGUGGGCCUCCAGAGGUGAGGUUCACUGGCAUUGACCUUCCGCAACCUGGGUUCCGCCCAGCCUACCAGAUUGAAGAAACGGGCCGCCGGCUUAGCAACUGUGCCCGUGAAUUCGGCGUGCCAUUCAAGUUCCAUGCUAUAGCAGCAAAGUGGGAGACGAUCUGUGCUAAGGACCUCAACAUUGAUCCAGAUGAGGUGCUUGUUGUGAACAGCGAGUGCCACUUCAGCAAUUUGAUGGAUGAGAGUGUUGACGCUGACACCCCAAGCCCCAGAGAUUUGGUGCUCAACAACAUUCGAAAGAUGCAACCCAAUAUUUUCAUCCAGAUUGUCCAUAGUGGCACAUUUGGUGCUCCAUUCUUCCUGACACGGUUCCGGGAGGCACUGUUCUACUACUCAGCACUAUUUGACAUGCUGGAUGCAACCAUUCCCCGGGACAAUGAUGUACGGCUGCUGAUCGAGCGGGAUAUUGUUGGGCGAUCUGCCCUGAAUGUUAUUGCUUGUGAGGGUGCAGACAGGUUGGAUCGCCCUGAGACUUAUAAGCAAUGGCAGGUGCGGAACCACCGGGCUGGGCUCAAGCAGCUACCAUUGAAUCCAGAGAUUGUAAAGCUUGCGAGGGAUAAGGUCAAGAAGUAUUACCACAAAGACUUUCUCAUCGAUGAGGAUCAUCGAUGGUUGUUGCAGGGAUGGAAAGGGCGGGUCCUCUUUGCCAUGUCAACAUGGGUUGCUGAGGAUAAUAACUCCAUCUGUUAGCUGCUUCACUUGGCCUUGUUUUGGAUUAUGAAUGAUAUUGAUGUUUAAUAGAUGGUCUGUCUUUAUUUUACCACCAAACUAUGACCCGGCAUCUAGAGGGUUUUAGUGCUGAAACUUUGUAAGCUAGAAAUAAGUAGAACAAUAGAUGCUUAGAGCUACAUAGAAUGUAGAUAUAGUUCUAGAUAUCUUGCAGAAUUGUGAUGUGUACACCACCUGUAACUGAUAAACAAGUUUAUUGAUUACUUAUUCGACUUUUUAUGUGUC